CUUUGCCGAUGGGCCCUAAACGAAAACGCGCACAACGUCCAGUCUCUGAAUCGGAGGAAGAUUAUGCCGAAAACUCUGACAGUUCCUAUGAUGAAACAUCGCGUGCUAAGGUGACACAGAAGACCAGGAAGGCGCGUAAGAAGGGCCGCGAGAAUGAUGGCUCUACCGUGGUCAACAGUACUUCAGGUCAUCCAGCGUCCAUGCAUGUCAUAAACGCUGUUGAGCCGAUGCGAAUCGCCCUCCUGGAGUGGUACGACAGAGUCCAUGACGCUCGAAAAAUGCCCUGGCGCAAGAAGUUUGACCCUUCGCUCGACGUCGAGGGACGUGCGCAAAGAGCAUACGAGGUUUGGAUCUCGGAAAUCAUGCUCCAGCAGACUCAAGUCGCGACAGUAAUACCAUAUUAUAACAAGUGGAUAGCGAAAUUCCCUACCAUCAGAGACCUUGCAGCAUCUGAUAUUGAGACCGUCAACUCAUUGUGGAAGGGGCUGGGCUACUACUCGCGUGCGGCGCGUCUGCUGAGCGGUGCCCAGAAAGCCGUCAAAGAAUUACAUGGUCGUUUACCUGACAACGCAAAAGAUAUGGAGGCAAAGAUACCAGGCGUAGGUAGAUACAGCGCAGGCGCAAUAUCCUCUAUUGCGUAUAAUCACUGUGUACCUGUGCUUGAUGGCAAUGUACAUCGACUCCUCAGUCGUUUCACAGCGUUGCAUGCACAGCCCAAAUCUAAACGAACCCUAGACGUCCUGUGGGCAGGCGCCGAAUCGUUCAUAGAACAGUCAAAGCGCCCAGGUGACAUAAAUCAAGCUUUGAUAGAACUAGGAAGUACCGUCUGUGCUGUUCGAGAUCCUGUGUGUUCGGAAUGCCCCCUGCGUCUAUGGUGUAAGGCAUAUCAGAGGACGCAACCCACAGCAUCGCAUACAGGUGCUGUAGAAACUGAUAUCGAGGAACUCUGCCUCGUUUGCGAUCCUAUACCAUCCGAUGAAGACAACGGAUCUGUUACUAUAUAUCCAAUGAAAGCUGAGCGCAAAAAGCCCAGAGAAGAACUUGAUUCUGUAAAUGUCAUUGAGUGGCGAUGCAGGAACAGCCGAGAUCGCUGGUUUCUGCUGGUCCGCCGACCCCAAGGGGGACUUUUGGCCGGUUUACACGAAUUUCCUACAUUACCUAAUUUAUCUGGAGCAAAGGCAUCCAAUAUGGCCGAGAUACCAUACACACUCCUCCAGGAAUUUCUCAUGCAUCCACCGUCCUCGCACAGCGACAAAGAGCCCUUGAAGAAGUUAGCGAACUCUAACUCAGCAUAUAACGUUCCAAAAGUAAUACAAGUGACGUCCGCGGGUGAUGUUGUCCAUGUAUUUUCGCACAUCAAGAAAACCUAUCGUGUUCAGUGGGUAUUACUGGAAGGAGACGAGCUUCCGCAACUUCGUCCAGCUGUUUCCCCAGAUCAAUGCACCAGGGAAAAUGGCAGUCGCGCCAAGAAUCCCAAGGGAAAGCAAAAAGUAUUCGAGGUAUCCGAGGUGAAGCUUAAUACAAUUCCACAGACAUCGAGUGCUCAGUGGGUACCGCUCACUCAAGUAGAGGACGCAAACAUUGGUACCGGUGUUCUAAAAGUGUGGAAGCUCGUUGAGAAGCUGUGGACUGCCACACGGUGAUUAUACCUUAUCUCGGAAGCGCAAAAGUCUAUUUUAUAUGCCAAC